AAAGGCGCGCAUUUCGUACUAUUACAAUGUCUGACGCUGGUUCAGAAGAUUUGGAGGAAGAAGCAGGAGUUUAUCUAGGGGAAUAUGAAGGAGGUAGAAAUGAAAGAGACGAGCGUCAUGGGUAUGGAAAAGCAAUUCUACCAAAUGGUGAUACAUAUGAAGGUAGUUACGAAAACGGUAGACGUCAUGGUCAAGGGAUUUACAAAUUUAAAAAUGGUGCUCGGUAUAUAGGGGAAUAUUAUGAGAACAGGAAGCAUGGCCAAGGCACCUUUUACUAUCCAGAUGGCUCCAAAUAUGAAGGAAACUGGACGGAUGACCAAAGAAAUGGCAUUGGAACGUAUUUCUAUAUUAAUGGAGAUGUUUACGAGGGAGAAUGGAGAGAGCAUCAACGACAUGGACAUGGUAAUUACACGUUCGCGUUAACCAAUCUUAAAUACACUGGAAUCUGGAAAAACGGGAAAAUGGAUGGGUGGGGAGAAUUAAUUCACCCUCAUCACAGAUAUCUUGGGACCUGGAAAAAUGGACUUAUAACUGGAAAAGGAAAAUAUAUAUUUGAACAUCUAAACUGCCAGCAAACCGGCGAAUAUAUUGGAACAAAGGCGUAUUUCAUUAAAUAUGAGCCC